AUGAGAUUUGUUAUCAUCCAUUUAAAAAAUCUUUAUUGCUUGUGGUCCAUCAGCAUCUUGCAGUUAUACUCUUCGUCCGGAGUGUUCGAACUUAAAGUGCACUCGUUCACCAGCUCGCAGAGUGUGUGUCAAAGUGGGCAGGAGUGUCGGAUCUUCUUUCGUGUGUGUUUGAAACACGCACAGGAUGUGAUUCUGCCCGAACCGCCGUGCACGUACGGGGCAGGACUGUCUGAAAUCGUCGGGGCCGAGCAGAACUCCAUCUCCGGGAGCGCGCCCAUCCGAGUGCCCUUCGGCUUCAAGUGGCCGGGAACAUUUUCAUUGAUCAUUGAAGCAUGGAAUGCUGAAUCCUCAUCCAACCAGUCCACAGAAAACCAGAACGAUCUGAUCAGCCGCUUGGCCUCCAAAAGAAGCUUGGCAGUUGGGGAGAACUCCUCUCAGCAUGAACUACUGGAGCAGACCGAACUGCGAUACUCCUAUCACGUACUGUGCGACGAGUUAUACUACGGCGAGAGCUGCUCCGACUACUGCCGGCCACGGGACGACACCUUCGGCCACUACAGCUGCGACUCCUCGGGCCAGAGGAUCUGCAAUGCCGGAUGGAAGGGCAAAUACUGCGCAGAACCCAUCUGCCUGCCUGGCUGCAGCGACGAGCACGGUUACUGUGAGACCCCCGGUGAGUGCAAGUGUCGCUCGGGGUGGCAGGGCCCCCUCUGUGACGAGUGCCAGCACCAUCCCGGAUGUGUCAAUGGGAUAUGCAACCAGCCAUGGCAGUGCAUCUGCAAGGAAGGCUGGGGUGGCCUGUAUUGCGACCAGGAUUUAAACUACUGUACUAACCACAAGCCCUGCAAGAAUGGUGCCACAUGCACCAACACGGGCCAAGGGAGCUAUACCUGUACCUGCAAGCCUGGCUUCAGCGGCACCAAGUGUGAAAUCGAGAUCAACGAGUGUGACAGCAAUCCGUGCAAGAAUGGGGGCAGCUGCAAUGACCUGCUGAACGACUACUCGUGCACAUGCCCUCAGGGCUUCUAUGGCAAGAACUGCGAAGUGAGUGCCAUGACCUGUGCUGAUGGUCCAUGCUUCAAUGGAGGAACCUGCAUGGAGUCUACAACCGGGAGCUACUCCUGCCGUUGCCCGCCUGGUUACAUGGGCCUCAACUGUGAGAAGAAAAUUGACCGGUGCAGCAGCGACCCCUGUGCUAAUGGUGGCCAUUGCCUCGACCUGGGUCACACUCUCAUGUGCCGAUGCCGCCCUGGAUUCAAAGGCCCUCGCUGCGAGAUCAACAUCGACGAGUGUGCCCGCAACCCAUGCCGCAAUGCUGGAACCUGCGUUGAUGGAAUCAACGAUUACACCUGCAAGUGCACGUUGGGCUUCACGGGCAAGGACUGCGGCGUUCGUUCCGAUGCCUGCGGCCUCUCUCCCUGCAGGAACGGAGGCACCUGCUACACCCACUUCAGCGGCCCCGUGUGUCAGUGUCCGCCGGGCUUCAUGGGCCUGCACUGCCAGUACAGCCAGCCUCCGACUCGGGCGCCUACCUCUCGCCAGACCGAAGGCGUGAGUUUCUCCGCAGCCCUGGCCGUCUCCUUCACCCUGGGUCUGAUCACGCUGGCCCUCGUGCUGUGCGCCGCCGUCAUCCUGCUUCGUCAGAUGAGACGCGGGGCUAAACCCGUGUCCACCUCCGUGCGCAACGACCUGGACUCUAUUAACAACCGCAACUCCAUGAUCUGUAACACUCAGGCCGGCUGCAAGGAGAAGGAGGCGUUUCUUAUUCCCGGAGCCCCGUACAAGGUGUCUAACAAGGACGUGGCGCUCAAUUCAGGUCUGGAGGACAAGGCCAACAACAAGCAGAUGAUGGUAGACUACAAUCUGGCCAAAGAUGAGAAGCUUACGAAGGACAAGCUAGACCUAAAAAAAUCUGAGACCAGUAUACUGAUUCCUCAGUUGUGCUACCCUAGAGAAGAUCUCUAUCAUCCUGUAUACAUCAUUCCUGAACAAAUGGAACCACGUGUAUUUGCUACUGAGGUUUAACAGUAUUGUCAAAUCUGGAGCACCUCAAUCCCACCCAGGCGUCGCCUGAUCAUGUUUACAAGUGAAGAGUAUAUAUUAUAGUUAUGUAUAUUAUUUAAUAUUUAUUAAUGCUGCUAAAAUGAAAGGACUGCUAAGCAAGACGAGCUGAACGGAUGAAAUGGGGAGGAAUCACCAGCGUUAUUUGCACUAUUUUUUUAAUGCAGAUACACACACACACACACACACACACACAUAUGUAUAUAUAUAUGUAUAGUGCCACC